GUGUAACGAUCUCUGUGUGUCUCUGUCUCCACGGCCUCGGUGCUCACUGGGACACCGCGCAGCCUGAGCGACUGGAGACCUGCUGCUCGCCAUGGACUUCUGAGAACCAACUCAGCCGCGUUCAAAGGGCUUACAGAGGAUACAGGGAUUAUUCCAUACAACUUCUACUUUACACACACACACACACACACACACACACACAGUGGAGUUGUGUUUCUGCGACAGGAUACAGAAGGAUUCAGAAGGAUACAUUGCGCACUCGGAGCAGCUGAACGUUCUGCUGUAGACGCGUCUAUUUCCCAGCAGCUGUAACUAUGGGGAGCCGGGGACACUACCGGUACCACUGGCAGAGCCACAAUGUCAAGCAGAGCGGCGUGGACGAUAUGGUGCUGCUCUCCAAAAUCAACGAAGACGCCAUUGUGGAAAACCUGAAGAAGAGAUAUAUGGACGACUACAUUUUCACAUACAUUGGACCUGUGCUGAUAUCUGUUAACCCAUUUAAACAAAUGCCAUACUUUGGGGACAAGGAGGUGGAGAUGUACCAGGGAGCAGCUCAAUAUGAAAACCCUCCUCAUAUCUAUGCGCUGGCAGACAAUAUGUACAGAAACAUGAUGAUUGAACGUGAAAGCCAGUGCGUCAUUAUCAGUGGAGAGAGCGGUGCCGGGAAGACGGUCGCAGCCAAAUAUAUUAUGAGCUACGUCUCGAGAGUGUCUGGAGGAGGACCUAGAGUGCAGCAUGUCAAAGACAUCAUUCUGCAGUCCAACCCUCUUCUGGAAGCCUUCGGGAACGCCAAGACGCUGAGGAACAACAAUUCGAGCCGAUUCGGUAAAUACUUUGAGAUUCAGUUCAGCUCCGGCGGUGAACCAGAUGGCGGGAAAAUCUCCAACUUCCUGUUGGAAAAAUCUCGCGUGGUCACGAGGAACCCUGGAGAAAGAAGCUUUCACAUCUUCUACCAGCUGAUCGAAGGGGCCACUGCGGACCAGAAAAGCACUCUGGGAAUCACCAACCUGGAUUACUACUCAUACCUCAACCAAUCAGGAUCCUACAAAGUGGAUGACAUUGACGACAAACAUGAUUUUCAGGAAACUCGGCACGCUAUGAACGUUAUCGGGAUCUCGGGCGAGGACCACACAAUGGUCCUGCAGAUUGUCGCCGGAAUUCUUCACCUAGGCAACAUCAGCUUCAAAGAGUCUGGGAACUACGCCGCUGUGGAGAGUGAGGAAUUUCUGGCAUUUCCUGCUUUCCUGCUGGGCAUCAAACAGGAGCGGCUAAAGGAGAAACUCACCAGCCGUACGAUGGAUGGCAAAUGGGGAGGCAAAUCCGAGUCGAUAGACGUGACCCUGAACGUGGAGCAGGCGUGUUUCACACGUGACGCACUCGCCAAAGCUCUGCAUGCUCGUGUCUUUGACUACCUGGUAGAGUCAAUCAAUAAAGCCAUGGUAAAGGAUCAUCAGGAGGAGAACAUUGGUGUUCUGGAUAUCUACGGAUUUGAGAUUUUCCAGAAAAAUGGAUUCGAACAGUUCUGCAUAAACUUUGUGAAUGAGAAACUACAGCAGAUCUUCAUCGAGCUCACACUGAAAGCCGAGCAGGAGGAGUAUGUACAAGAAGGAAUCCGAUGGACUCCCAUCGAAUACUUUAACAACAAGAUAGUCUGCGACCUCAUCGAGAGUAAAAAUCCCCCAGGCAUCAUGUGCAUCUUGGAUGACGUAUGCGCUACCAUGCAUGCGAAGGGGGAAGGAGCUGACCAGACGAUGCUGCAGAAACUUCGCAUGCAGAUCAACAACCACGAGCAUUUCAACAGCUGGAAUCAAGGCUUUAUAAUCCACCACUAUGCUGGGAAGGUGUCCUACGAUGCUGACGGCUUCUGCGAGCGUAACAGAGACGUCCUGUUUACUGACCUGAUCGAGCUCAUGCAGAGCAGUGAAAUAGGCUUUAUUCGGGCGCUGUUUUCAGAAAACCUCAACGCUGAGAAGAAAGGUCGCCCUACCACAGCAGGAAGUAAAAUCAAGAAACAAGCCAACGACCUCGUGAGCGAACUGAUGAAGUGCACUCCCCACUACAUACGGUGCAUCAAACCCAACGAGACUAAGAAGCCCAGAGACUGGGAGGAGAGCAGAGUGAAGCAUCAGGUGGAGUAUCUUGGUUUAAAGGAAAAUAUCCGAGUGAGACGCGCCGGCUACGCUUACAGGAGAGUCUUCCGCAAGUUCCUCAACAGGUACGCUAUCUUGACGAAAGAAUCGUGGCCGGCGUGGCGUGGAGACGAGAAGCAGGGCGUCCUGCAUCUACUGCGCUCUGUCAACAUGGAGCAGGACCAGUACCAACUCGGACGCACCAAGCUCUUCAUCAAAGCACCUGAAUCGCUCUUCCUCCUGGAGGAGACGAGGGAUCGCAAGUUUGACGGCUAUGCCAGAGCUAUCCAGCACGCCUGGCGCCGGUACAUCGCUCGCAAGAAAUACGUGCAGAUGAGAGAGGAAGCCUCUGACCUGCUGCUGAACAAGAAGGAGAGGAGGAGGCACAGCAUAAACAGGAACUUUGUGGGAGAUUACAUCGGCAUGGACGACCGGCCCGAGCUCAGGCAGUUCCUGGCCAAGAGGGAGAAGAUCGAAUUUGCAGCCACUGUCACUAAAUAUGACCGACGCUUUAAGGGUAUUAAACGAGACUUCAUCCUCACCCCGAAGUGUGUGUACCUGAUUGGGAGAGAGAAGGUGAAGCAAGGUCCUGAGAAGGGCCAGAUCAAAGAGGUUCUCAAGCGUAAAAUCGACGUGGACAAGAUCAUGGCUGUUUCUCUCAGCACUCUUCAGGAUGACUUCCUGAUCCUUCACGAACAGGAGUAUGACAGCCUUCUGGAGUGUGUCUUCAAAACGGAGUUCAUCAGCCUGCUGUCGCAGAGAUACGAGGAAAAAACCAAAAGGAAGCUGCCUCUAAAAUUCGCCAACACAUUGGAGAUGAAGCUAAAGAAGGAGAGCUGGGGGCCGUGGAGCAACGCCGGGUCUCGGCAAGUGCAGUUCAUGCACGGUCAGGGAGAUAUAGCUACGUUGAAACCCUCCAACAAGAUGCUGCAGGUCAGCAUCGGCCCAGGCCUUCCUAAAAACUCACGUCCCAAUAAGAAAGGCCCCAGUAUGAACCGUUCCAGCACAGUUAGAACUCACCAGAACAUUCCAACACGGGUCGCUCCCGGCCCUCCAGUCGCUCAUCAGAACGGUGGGCUGAAACAUCAUAAUCCCAGUCAGAGGAACGUGCAGCAUCAGAGGCCGGCCUCAGGUAAUCAGUCCCGCCCCUUCCUGCCUGUCACUUCCAAUCAGCUGAAGGACAGAACCAACAGGCAGAUGUCUCAGCAGCCCAACCUGGACUGCCUCAGAGUGCCUGAUCAGGGAGCUGCUGGAAACCAGCGGGCAUCUUCAAAUGGAGGAAUGGCUCACAGGCAGUCAGCUAACAGGCCCACCCCGGGAGGUGGGCGGCCCAAACCCGCUCCCAAACCCAAGCCUCAGGUGCCUCAGUGUAAAGCUCUGUACGCCUACGACGCCCAGGACACCGACGAGCUUAGCUUCAAUGCUGAGGACAUCAUCGAUAUCGUUAUGGAAGACGCCUCAGGAUGGUGGACCGGGAGGCUGAGAGGCAAACAGGGCCUUUUCCCAAACAACUACGUCACUAAGAUCUAAACUCCAUCUCCUGCAGCCGAGCAGCCCGUACCUCAAAAGACUCGUAGUGCAGUGUAAAACGGAUGAGUGAGAGAACGAGGGAGAAGAACGCGACGUAGAGGAAGAUCUUGCUGUGUAGUUUCACAGCAGCAGAAUCUUUCUUGUACUUCGGUCUUGUCAUGCACAAGGACGAUGACCUUCACAUCACAGCACACUUCUCUCCAGGGACAAGAGUUACGCGAGAGUCCCUGUGAGCACUGAUCAAAAACUAUUUAUUGUAUUUAUAGCUCAUGAGGUUUUUUUUUUUUUCAUGUUCUUUUCCUUCUUUUGGUUUCACCAUCAGCGAUAUUUAAAUCGAUUUCAUCCGCAAUCGAUUGUACUUCGGGACCCUGAAGCCUUUAUUUCAUUACUUUUAAAAGCAGAAGGAUUUUCUUGUGUAAAUGAAGGUGCUUUACUGUGUCGCGGUUUAUCUCUAAUAGGUCUACGGUUUAAUAUAAUAUAGAGAUUUUUUUUUUUUUUUUUGCUGCUAAAUGCCUGAUUUUAAUCUAAAAAUUGUACAUCGGGACGUAAAUUUUUAUUCGAAACGUUCGUCUUUACGAAGUCAAUCAAACCCGAAACCACGAAGCGCACGUGUUACUGCGUCGAUGUCUGGUCAAUACCAGAGACACUGGACGUGGUUACAAAGCACUUUAUCAGUAUGAAGUACCCCCACCUAGACACCCCCAUCACCCCCUCCCCCAGGAUGUAAAUAUAUAUAAAUAUAAAUGAAGGUUUGCUAAAGAUGCACGAUUCUUCUGAAGGUCAUUGUUUUUAAAAAAGCGAUUUGUUUACAUGCAGGCAUUUUGCAUCGACGUAUCUAGAAUAUUUUGUAAAAAGAAAUUCAUGUGUACCGUCUCCCUCCGGUUUGUUUAUUUAUGCAAAAUAGGGUUGUGUUUAGAUGGAAAAUGAUUGGAACAAAAUAUUCCCACCGAAUGAACUGUAAGCAUUAAAAUGAUUUGAAUGACUUCAUAUCCACUAUACCCAAAAUAUGUUUUUUUUUUUUUUCAGUUUUUUGGUAAAUAAAUGCUCCUGGUUUCAUUGUUUCUGCACACGGA